AUGUCGCGCAUCGCGUUGCAGAUAACCAGCAACCAGAAAGCGGUGUCGCAGUGUCCGCUUAUUCAACAACCGCCUGGUGAUUAUCUGAAGUAUGGUAGUGAUGCUGAGGCUUAUGGUAGCUUAGCCAGGAAUCGACGUUCACUUUCUGCGUCAGCACUUGGGCGAGAACUUGCACGAGAAUUUAUGCAUUACAGCUUCAGACAUUACUGUAUUCAUCUUGUAGAGCAAAUACGUGAGCUUGAUACACUUUCACGCUCACCAGACCGCUUAACACCUCGUGGCUAUAGCUCCGAUACCGGGUACAUGAACGAUACAAUGCGCUCACGUACACGAGGAUAUUCAAAUUACGACUACGAUACAUAUCAAGCAUCAAAAAGUGAAGUGAGGAGCACAACAACUGGUGGAGCUGUUGUUGGUAACGGUGGUAGUGGUGCAUCAGCAAGCGCUAGCGCAAGGUACCAAAUGAGCAGUCCAGCCAGAGUUGCUGCCUCUACCUCAUAUGGUAGUCAUCGAGGUUUGCACCUUUUUUCUUGUUUCCCACAUCUGAAAGAAAUCUAA